AUGCUACAUAAUAUUUUGGCCAAUGUGGAAGAAGUUGAUUUUGCUGCUCCUAAUCGGACAGUUCUUAGACAAGCAAAUGAUUAUGUACAUGAUUGUUUUCGCAAAACUCUAGAAGCUUGGGAUGUUGAUUAUGCAUUGGAGCAAUAUAAUUAUGCAGCUGACUAUGCAGAAUUGGAAACGGUGAUCACACCGCCGGAUGGUUCUUUACUUAACUAUCUUCAUACUAUAUUUUCUGAAUUAGCGAAUGUGUUUCAUUUGAAGCUGACUUCUCAGAUACCAAGAUCUUCAGUAAAUGGUGUGUCCUAUGUUGUUGAGAAAUUGGUAUAUCAUGUAGAGGAUUUGUCACAAGGUACAUUACUCGGUGAAAUAAUCAUUGAUCCUUUUGCUAGAAGUGGUCGUUUAAUUCCAGUUGGCGGCAUUCACUUACUCACAGUGGCAACACGCAACAAUUUAUCAGCAAAUGAUAUUCGUAUACUCUCUGGAUCAACGCAGCAUCCAAUUGUUUAUCUGUUAGGUAGCUUAAAUCCUUCGACUGAAACACUUGGUGUUUCGUUCGGUGUAAGUUCACUGACUUUUUUUCAUCUUUCGUUUACUGUACAAUAGUUGUCGAACUGAAGGUCUGCAGUCACAACCGAUUUGACCAUAAAUACACUAAAACAUCGUGGGUAAACACAGUGAAUCAUGAAUAUUUUCAAAAUUACAUCUUUGAAGAAUUGUUCUGUUAUCCGGAUUUAGUGAAUAGUGGUUAUGGUAUCGAGUUUUAAACAAGAGAAGCAAAUUUAUUUCAAGUUGUUAUUCAUCGUAGACUGAUAUCAGUCAGAGGAACACUGGAAACCUGGGAGACUGGAGAGCUGUUUCGUCCUAGUAUGGGACUCCUCAGUAGUGCGCACCCACGACCCCGCCAGGGAUCGAACCCGUGACCUUCAGGUUCCGUGGCCAGCACGUUACCAUUGAGCCACUGGGUUGAAACCCAGUGGUCCAUAUUUCCAACUUCUGUCAGUUCACGACAUAGUGCGACUGCCGCCCGAUGUCCUGGCUGGGUAUUUGUCCUCACAGCCACCAGGUUCCCCGCACCGGUCACGACUUCUCACUCGAACUUCGGGAUCGUGUUUGCGUACUACUGAGGAGUCCCAUACUAAGAUGAAACAGCUGUCCAGAGCUCACAGGUUUCCAUUGUUCCUCCAACUGAUGUCGGUCUAUGAUGGAUACCAACUUAAAAUAUAUCUAAAUCCCCACAAACCACUCAAAUUCAAAUUUGUCUGUGUACUAUCAACAUCCCAUCGACUGUAUUGGAAUGCAGAAAGGUUAGGAACAUUAUAAGAGUGAGCGAAUAAACUUACUUCACCAAUUCAUAAUUAGCCUUUUU